GACACACCCUCCAAACCAGCUUACAACUUACACUAAACAAACCAACUGCUCAAAGCUUAAUCCUCACACUACUGCCUCAACUCUUUGGCAAAAGAAUGUCACCUGCUCUCUCUCUAUCUCUCUCCCUCUCUCCAGUCUGUAAAACCCAGGAAACUUCCAAGGACACCUACCUCAACAGCAACAGAGAAACCCCAUGUCACAAGUCUCACUCAAACUUGAAAUCCACUCGAAGAUCUCUAUUAAAUUUUGCCACUCUUGGACUCAUAGUGCCUGGAUCCCUCUCUGUUUCUCACCCUGCAAAAGCUGAGCCUAAGCCAGAGAGCCCGAUUGCAUCAACUUCAAGCAGAAUGUCAUACUCAAGAUUCUUGCAGUACUUGGAUGAAGGAGUAGUGAGGAAGGUAGACCUGUUUGAUCAGAAUGGAACUGUCGCGAUCGCCGAGAUCUUCAACCCCACAUUAGAGAAGCUCCAGAGAGUCAGAGUUCAGCUACCUGGAUUGCCACCAGAGUUGCUGAGGAAACUAGAAGAGAAGAACAUAGACUUUGCAGCUCAUCCAAGGGAAGUGGAUUGGUGGCCUGCAGUACUGGACUUGUUGGGGAAUUUUGCUUUUCCACUGAUACUUCUUGGGAUAUUGCUUUUGAGGAGUUCAUCACCAAACAUACCAGGAGGCCCCAACUUACCUUUUGGACUUGGAAGGAGCAAAGCCAAAUUCCAAAUGGAACCGAAUACCGGGGUAACAUUUGAUGAUGUGGCUGGGGUCGAUGAAGCAAAGCAAGAUUUCCAAGAGAUUGUUGAAUUUCUCAAAACUCCAGAGAAGUUUGCUGCGGUUGGUGCAAGAAUUCCCAAAGGGGUUCUUUUAGUAGGGCCACCAGGGACCGGAAAGACAUUGCUGGGUAAGGCCAUUGCAGGAGAGGCAGCGGUGCCUUUCUUUUCUCUGUCAGGGUCAGAGUUCAUUGAGAUGUUUGUAGGAGUAGGAGCUUCUAGAGUAAGAGACUUGUUCAACAAGGCAAAAGAGACUUCGCCGUGCUUGGUUUUCAUUGAUGAAAUUGAUGCUGUUGGGAGGCAAAGAGGGACAGGAAUUGGUGGAGGAAAUGAUGAGAGGGAGCAGACAUUGAAUCAGCUGCUUACUGAAAUGGAUGGAUUUAGUGGGAACAGUGGAGUAAUUGUUAUUGCUGCUACUAAUCGCCCUGAAAUUCUUGAUUCUGCUUUGCUUAGGCCCGGAAGGUUUGACAGACAAGUCACAGUUGGAUUGCCAGAUAUUAAGGGAAGAAAUGAUAUAUUAAAGGUGCAUAGUAGCAACAAGAAGCUUGAUAAGAGUGUUUCUCUUGACAUUAUUGCUAUGAGAACUCCUGGCUUCAGCGGUGCAGAUCUUGCAAACCUCAUGAAUGAAGCUGCGAUUCUUGCUGGCAGGAGAGGCAAAGAUAAGAUAACAAUGAAAGAAAUAGAUGAUUCGAUUGAUCGAAUUGUUGCAGGGAUGGAAGGCACCAAAAUGACUGAUGGAAAGAACAAAACUCUUGUGGCUUACCAUGAAGUAGGCCACGCCAUUUGCGCAACAUUGACUCCAGGCCAUGAUCCAGUGCAGAAGGUCUCUCUUAUUCCCCGAGGCCAAGCUCGAGGUCUCACAUGGUUCUUACCGGGUGAAGAUCCCGCUCUUAUUUCUAAGCAACAGCUGUUUGCUAGAAUAGUUGGAGGUCUAGGAGGUAGAGCAGCAGAAGAAGUAAUUUUUGGAGAGCCAGAAAUAACAACCGGUGCAGCAGGAGACUUGCAGCAGGUCACACAAAUAGCAAGACAGAUGGUAACAAUGUUUGGCAUGUCCGAGAUUGGACCAUGGGCAUUGACAGACCCAGCGGCCCAAAGCAGUGAUGUAGUGUUGAGGAUGCUAGCAAGGAACACUAUGUCCGAAAAACUUGCAGAGGAUAUUGACUUGUCAGUAAGACAUAUAGUUGAAAGUGCAUACGAAGUUGCAAAGAAGCAUAUAAGGAAUAACCGGGAAGCCAUUGAUAAUUUAGUAGAUGUACUAUUAGAAAAGGAGAUCCUCACCGGAGAUGAGUUCAGGGCAAUUCUGUCUGAAUUUACUGAUACUUCUAUGGUAGAGCCGGAUAGAAACUCGGUCAGGGAGAUGAUUGAAGCCUAGUAGGUAUAAGGUAGGACAACUGAUGUAAAGAUAGUAGUGACAUUGUCAUGUAUAUAGAUUAUCACAAGUUCGGUUAUGUUCAUGUAAUGAUAUAUUACAAAUUACAGGAAUAAUCUCACUACACUACUAAUUCCAUUUAGGGGAACAA